CUCUCCCUGGCCCUUGAGUUGGAGAACUCUCGAGAACCAGCAGAGAGAAGGAGCGAGCGCUCGGUGUUGGAGAUCGCAAGCGAAAAUGGCGACCGUGAUGCAAAAGAUCAAGGACAUCGAAGAUGAGAUGGCAAGGACACAAAAGAACAAGGCGACAGCCCACCACCUUGGUUUACUUAAGGCUAAACUUGCUAAGCUACGUCGAGAUCUUUUGGCUCCUCCAUCGAAAGGGGGUGGUGGAGGUGCUGGCGAAGGAUUUGACGUUACUAAAAGCGGAGAUUCUCGUGUUGGUUUGGUUGGAUUUCCUUCAGUUGGAAAAUCAACGCUUCUGAAUAAGUUAACCGGAACCUUUUCUGAGGUUGCCUCAUAUGAAUUUACUACAUUAACUUGCAUUCCUGGUGUGAUCACAUAUAGAGGUGCCAAGAUUCAGUUGUUGGAUCUUCCAGGGAUUAUUGAAGGUGCAAAAGAUGGAAAGGGUCGAGGAAGACAGGUGAUCAGCACUGCUAGAACCUGCAAUUGUAUUUUAAUUGUCCUUGAUGCAAUCAAACCUAUCACGCACAAGCGUCUUAUCGAGAAGGAACUAGAGGGAUUUGGCAUAAGGUUAAACAAAGAGCCUCCAAAUCUAACAUUUAGAAGGAAAGACAAGGGUGGGAUAAAUUUUACAUCAACAGUUACCAACACGCACUUGGACCUCGAGACAGUGAAGGCAAUUUGUGGUGAAUAUAGGAUACAUAAUGCUGAUAUUUCUCUUCGGUAUGAUGCGACUGCUGAUGAUCUCAUAGAUGUGAUAGAAGGAAGUAGAGUUUACAUACCAUGCAUCUAUGUCGUGAACAAGAUUGACCAGAUAACACUUGAAGAGCUGGAAAUCUUGGACAAACUUCCCCACUACUGCCCCAUCAGCGCUCACCUGGAAUGGAAUCUUGAUGGACUAUUGGAGAAGAUAUGGGAAUACCUUAACCUAACUCGCAUAUACACCAAACCAAAAGGAUUAAAUCCUGAUUAUGAGGAUCCAGUCAUUCUAUCAUCCAAGAAGCGGACCGUUGAAGAUUUUUGCACCAGAAUUCACAAGGACAUGCUCAAGCAAUUUAAAUACGCGUUGGUCUGGGGAUCUAGUGCGAAGCACAAGCCCCAGAGAGUUGGCAAGGAACAUGAGCUUGAGGAUGAAGAUGUGGUUCAGAUAGUAAAGAAGGUGUAAAUCAAAGCGUAAUUUCCUUCAUUUUUAUCCCUGGUUCAAGACUGACAUCAGCUGGAAGUCGAAGAUUUCAGUUCUUGUUUUGCCGUCACCUGCAGCUUUCUGGAUGAGUUACUGUUUCUGGUUUUGCACUUAGAUUUGAUUUCUUCGCUCGAAACUGUGUCGUUUUCGGCUAUGGUUUUCGCAUCCGAAGCUUAUGAUGAGAGAAGUCCUGUACUAUGUAUUUAGGGAUGGUGUAAACUUUGAGUUGGGUGCAUUUUGUUACUGGGUCAAUGUACCAAUAACUUUUGUAGUAUUGUGGUAUUAGCUGUAGAUUAGAGUGUACGCUUGUGUAGCUUCACUUCAUGUGGAAGCACUACAUAGCCUCUUUUUAGAUUUAGAUCCUCUCAUGUUGGGUGGUGAUUGGAGAGGAUU